AAUAAACCUGUGAUGGCCUUUGGACUGCUGAGCAUCACGCUAUGUGUGGGCUACUUGGGCUACCUGCACGCAAUGAAGGAAAAUGACCAGCAGCUGUAUGAGGCCAUCGACAGCGAAGGAGAGAGAACCACGAGGAGGAAAUCAUCCAAGUGGGACUGAUAGCACAGCCUUCAUCACUGAGUGUGUCUGUG